ACGGUCUGACAUGGCGGCCCCAGUGCUGCGGCUGGGUUUGCUCUGGACGCGAGCUGGCGCAAGAGCCUCGCGCGUGGCUACAGGCAAAAGAUGUCUUCUUUCUGCUGCUUAUGUGGACAGUUCAAAAUGGGAAGAAAGACAAAAAGAUAAGCACAGCUUGGCUGAAUUAGCCGUCAUAAUGGAUGGAACCUAUAACAGAAAGCUGCCUGUCAGCUCCUUGACAAUAUCAAGGUUUAUUGACAACAUUUCUUCAAGAGAAGAGGUGGAGCAAGCUGAGUAUUACCUUUACAAGUUUCGGCAUAGUCCAAAUUGCUGGUACCUAAGAGAAUGGACCAUCCACAACUGGAUCAGACAGUGUUUUAAAUAUGGUGCACAGGACAAAGCCUUGUACACAUUACAACAUAAGAUACAAUAUGGAAUUUUCCCAGAUAAUUUCACUUUCAAUAUAUUAUUGGAUUAUUUUAUCAAGAACAAUAAUUAUGAAGAUGCAAUGUCAGUAGUUACAGAGAUCAUGUUGCAGGAGAGUUUUGAUAAACUCUCAACACAGCUUCUCUCUCUCUACACCUUAUACCAGUACCUGGCGACCAAAUCAGAACAUACAUGGGAAGAAGAAAGAAACCUUGGUGCAUCCUUGCUGCUUACAGGCCUAAAACAGAAAAAUACUGUGGGUUUUAGCUCCCAGCUCUAUGGAUAUGCAUUAAUUGGGAAAGUGGAGUUAACUAAAGGCCUGCGAGCUGUGUACCAUCAAAUGCCACUGAUAUGGACACCAGGAUACUUAAACAGAGCUCUGCAAGUGAUGGAGAAAGUGGCCUUGCUCUCAGAGGAGAUAAAGCUCUGCAAAGAAGCAGUUGAUGUUUUAGAGACCAUUUUGCAGUCCAUUCCUGAGGCAAAAACAGAUCCAGAACCAUCUCAAGAAGAAGUCACGGCAUCAGUUCCCAAGCCAAAACAAACAGAAUCAGAAGAAUCAGAGUGGUCCAGGCUGCCUGAAUACCUCACUCAAUUCAAAGAGCUGUACUCCAAGCUGCAUUCACUUGGCAAGGUGGAAUCUGAAAGCUUGUUGACACUGACCACCCAACUUCUCAAGGAAAAGCUGCCAGCCUGUGAAGUGGAAGACAUUGCUAAAUACGAGCAGCAGCUUAAGGAGUGGGAGCAGGAACAAAUGUUUCUCACUGAGAGAGAGAAAGAGCUGCGAGAAAAUGCCAGGAAGAAGCUAGAAGCAAGGCAGUUAGCUCAUGCAUCUGUUCAAUAGUACAACUCAGAGACUGCUGUAUUGCUAUAGAUCUUUUGGUAAUAAAGAUAAGUUCAUGCCGCUAUUAAUACAGCUGUACAACCAUGCUGUGAAUGUGACAUUAAAUGUAUGCAAAUUAGACUCUAACUCUAAUUGUUUCCAUCCA